AAAAGGAAAAAAAAAACGAGGGGGGACAAACCAAUCAAGUUGCAGCAGAGAUAUUGAUCAACGCAAAUCAAAUUGUCCCAAAAAGAGAAACAAAAUCAUCAUGCUGAACCAAAAGGGAACCUCUUCGGAUGCUAGUACGGUGAAAGUGAAACCGGAGUACAACGAGCUGAGCUAUCUCGUGACGAGGCAGUGUCUCCACCAGGAGGAGUUCAACCAGCUGUCGCAGUACGACCGGGUCAAGCCGACGCCGGCCGAAUCGCUGGUCAACUCGGUGCGCGAGUUCCGCUGCUUCCAGACGUUCCUCGGCUUCAUCCCGAUCCUGCAAUGGCUGCCCAAGUACUCGCUGAAGCGCGACCUCAUGGGGGACAUCACCGCCGGGGUGACCACCGCCGUCAUGCACAUCCCCCAGGGCAUGGCGUACGGACUGCUCGCGGGAGUUCCGGCCAACGUGGGCCUGUACAUGGCGUUCUUUCACUGUCUGACGUACGCGGUGUUCGGGACUUCGAGGCACAUCUCAGUGGGGACGUUUGCGGUGGUGAGUUUGAUGACCGCUAAGGUUGUGGCGACCUACUCGACGGUUGUGCCGGCUGUGAUCAAUGGGACGGACGCGUUGCUACCACCGGCGGAUCCGACGGAACCGAUCUACACGCCCAUUCAGGUCGCGACGGCGGUGUCGUUUGUGGCGGGAUGUUUUCAUAUCGUCAUGAGCUUGAUCCGGUUGGGUACGCUGUCCGCACUGCUGAGUGAGCCUCUGGUCAGUGGGUUCACAACGGCCGCCGCGAUCCACGUGUUGGUCAGCCAGCUGAAGGACCUGCUCGGGGUUUCGAUCCCCCGCUAUAAGGGUGCCUUCAAGAACAUCUUCUCGAUGCGGGACAUAAUCGAGCAGGUCCCAAACUCGAAUCUCUCAGCCGUUUACACCUCGACGAUUGUGAUCUUGUUUAUGAUCUUCAUGAACGAGUACAUGAAGCCGUGGGCUUCGAAGAAAUGCAAGUUCCCGAUUCCGGCGGAGUUGCUUGUGGUCGUUGGAGGUACCGCCGCGUCGUACUUUAUUGGACUCGGACCGAACUUUGGCGUUACGCUGGUCGGGGUGAUUCCCGUGGGUCUACCUGCGCCCGAAAUGCCUCCGCUAGCACUGAUCAAGCUGGUUGCCGUUGACACGAUCGCACUCACCAUCGUCAGCUACUCGAUCGUCAUGUCAAUGGGACUGAUUUUCGCCCAGAAGGAGAACUACGAGGUUCGUGCCAACCAGGAGUUGAUCGCGAUGGGUGCAACGAACAUCUUUGGAUCGUUCUUCUCGUGCAUUCCGACGGCGUGUUCGCUGUCACGAUCGCUGAUUCAGCAUCAGGCAGGGGGAAAGACUCAGAUCACCGGGGUGUUUUCGUCCAUGUUGAUCCUUGUUGUGCUGCUGUGGGUAGGACCUUACUUUGAAACACUGCCACGUUGCGUCCUGGCCUCGAUCAUCUUCGUCGCACUGAAAGGCAUGCUGUGGCAGGUCAAGCACAUCAAGAAGUUCCACCUGGAGGGUACGCUGGAGCUGUUCGUUUGGCUCGUUACCUUCCUCAGCGUGGUGAUCAUCGACAUCGACAUCGGUCUGCUGGUCGGCGUGUUGUUUUCGUUGGUGGCUCUCUACAUCAAGGGCUGGAAGACCUACUACAGCCUGCUCGGAACGGUCCCGGAGACCGCGAUCUACGUUGACAUCGGCAGUCAUCACCGCGCCGAGGAGGUGCCCCACGUCAAGAUCUUCAAGUACAGCGGCCCAAUCAACUUUGCCAGCAAGGCCACCUUCAAGAGGGCCCUCACCAAGGAAGUCGGCAUCGACCAAAGUCUCGUCCACCGUGCUUCUCGGUACGACGCCGCCGGCGAAGGCGCCGGUCUCCAGCUCAUCAAAACCGUCAUCAUCGACCUGUCGAGCGUGGCCCACAUCGACACCGCCGCCUGCAAGACGUUCAGCGAGAUCAAGAAGGAAAUGGCCGCCGUCGGUGUCGCCACGCUGAUCGCGAACCCCUCGGACAACGUGUACGACACGCUGCUGCACGCGGAGUCCAUCGGCGAGGGCGGGUUCCACAUCUUCCCCACGAUACACGACGCGGUUCUGUACGCCCAGGGUGCGGUCUCGGCGGUUUAACCGCCUGGAACCUCAGGUUGAAGAUGAUGUGCCAAAGAGAAGCGAGAACUUCGAACAUGUGCCUUUAAAGAAACUCUCUUUCUGUUAGGGAGGUACGAUGAGUAGCAGAACAAGAAUAGUUUAGUAGUUUAUGAAACUUAUAGAACAACAUAGUACUUAAGGCAAGUUUGACUCAAUUUUAAACACGAAAGAACAGAAAAAAAACUUAGGUAACACGUACGUACUACAUCUCAUCGAAAAUGUAUCUCGUUUAGCGAAACUUUAUUUAGUGAGUACCCGUUUUAGGCUGAUUGUUGAAGAGUAUUUUAUUUCGUUUUUUUUUGUUAUAACUAUUCAAGUGGUACGCGAAGCAGCUCUGAAAGUGCGUAAUUUAUACACUAACAAGAUGAAUUAUCCCACACCUACACUAUUGACAAUAUUUAUUGUAAAUAAAUACAAAAAAAAAAUGUUUGCAAAAACCAA